AAGCUACAAUGAGCUGUGCCUGUGGUGUGUGAGAAUGGGGCCCACCACCCAUGUGCCCUCCUCCUGUCUCCACCAGCUCCUGCCGCUCAAUCAUUAGUCCCUCUGUUCCCCUCCCUCCCAAAACCCUCUCUCUUUCUCUCUCUCUCUCUCAAAAUUUCUCUCUCUAGAUGAACUCUCUCUCUCUCUCUCUCUGUAACACAAACAGCUCAUCGCAGCCAUAACACUCACUCUCUCUUAUUAUUUAUUUUUUUUAAGUUUACAGUGGGGUGUUGUCUCUUUCUCUAUCUAGGUCUAGGGAAGACUAAAGACCCAUGUCUAAUUCAGAUGGAGCGAACAACGGCGUCACAAACGGCGCUAUAAUAGACCCGCAGAGGCAGCAGCAGCCGCCGGGGAACGGAGCGUUGGUGGUCAAGAAGGCGCCGUCAAAGGACCGUCACAGCAAGGUGGACGGCAGGGGACGGCGCAUCCGCAUGCCGAUCAUAUGCGCGGCCCGUGUCUUCCAGCUGACUCGGGAGCUCGGCCACAAGUCAGACGGCCAGACCAUCGAGUGGCUCCUCCGCCAAGCGGAGCCGUCCAUCAUAGCCGCCACGGGAACGGGCACUACCCCGGCUAGCUUCUCCACCGUCUCGGUCUCCUUGCGCGGUGGCGGUGGCUCCGCCUCGCUCACUUCGUCCUCAACGUCCGCCUCACUCUCCCACUCUCUUGACCACAAGCCCUUGCUGGGACCCACGCCCUUCAUCUUGGGUAAGCGCGUGCGGGCCGACGAGGACGGCGACGGCAAAGACGACGGCUCCGGAGGAGUCUCCGUGGGCCACACCAUGGGCUCUCUGGGGGCCAACGCCCCGGGAUUCUGGGCGGUUCCGGCCAGACCGGACCUCUGGAGCUUCGCUGCUGCUGCAGCAGCCGCCGCGGGUCCGCCGCCGGAGUUGGUGGUGCAGGCGCAGGCGGCGUCGCAUCACCAGCAGUCGUUGUUCCUCAGUCAUCAUCAUCAUCAGCAGCAGCAACCCAUGGGCGAGGCCUCGGCGGCCAGAGUGGGAAAUUACCUCCCAGGGCAUCUGAAUUUGCUGGCUUCCUUGUCGGGCGGGCCGGGGAGUUCGGGUAGGAGAGAGGACGAUCCUCGCUGAUAAUUCCACUUUCUUUUGGUGCCAGUGGUGGUGGUGGUGGUGGUGUUCUUAAUUUGGUAUAUAAGAAUAUGUGUAUGUUUAUUGCCUUUUCUUUUUGUGUGUGUGUGUGGUGGGGGUUGUGUGCCCAUGGAAGAGGAUUUUUAGUGAAUUUGUUAGGUUUAGGGCUUUUAGUUUUGAGUGGAGGAAUUAGGGUUUGUGGGUAUUUGGGGAUUCAAUUAGGGGAUUCACUACUUUCUUUGAAGAUUAAUUAGGGUUUUAGGGUUCAAAUUUGUUUAGGUUUUGGGGGGUUUUUGUUGGAGGAGAGAGGGAGUCAAGAAUUCGGUUUUGUGCCGUGGAAAUUGCGAUUUGGGUGGUUAUGCAAGUCCAGGCCAAUAAUUGUAUAAUUUCGGGCAUUUCAUGACAAACUUGGGAUUGCUGUCUCUGGUUUUUGUGCUGCUAGUUUGUCAACACUUGCGUAAUUGCAUUUUCAAUAGAAGUUUGGUCAAUUGAAGUAUGCAGUUAAAAAAGCUGAUGCACCAAUUCAGUUCUCUCCAAGUUUGUUGGAAUACGCUGGUGUGCAAUGGUGAAUGAGAAAGCCAGUGUCUUUGCUGGAUGGAUUUGGGUACUUGUCCAGAGGAGAAACUGUGGUGAUUGGUGGAGGUUGAUUCUUGCUCUCUCCUUGGCUUUCAUGCUCUAUCUUCCUUGUAAUGGGUCUCGAUAGCUACUGGGUGUUUGAAAGAUGCUCUAUUUCCUCUCUGUAAUACCUCAAGCGUUUGAGAAUUUUAUCAGUAUUCUUAGCCAUUUCUUAGAUUUAUCAGCGUGAAAAUAAUGUGUUCAUCAUCUCUUGUAUGUAAGUGGAUUGUUUUUGGGUGCCUAUGGUGUGAAUAAAAAACCCAUCUGUUUCUCUCA